GUCGCCGCCGGCAUCAGCCCCGCAGCGGCGGCGGCGGCCGCCGCCGCCGCCGCCGACGGGCGCAUCAGCCUCGCGGGUCUCGGUUGCGGCCUGAACUCGUACACGUACUACCCGCUACGCGGCAGCAACAUCAUGGCCUUCUAUCCUGGUUCCAUUGUGGUCGCGCAUGUGGGUCGGCUACCGGCCAUGCACUCGCCCAACGACUCGUCCGUGCCCGGCGUCGCAUGUGUGGCGCCAUUGGCGUUACGUCGGCUGACGACGGAGGUACCGCCGCCUGCGGUGCGGCUCGCUCGCGGGCACACGAUGUACAUGCCGGGGCGCUUCCGUGGCAGCGACGAGGGGGAUGCGGCAGCAGCAGCAGCACCGGCAGCAGCUGCUGGUGCUGUUGUUGUUACUGAUGGCGGCAGCAAUGGCGGCAAGGACGACUCUGUGGCUGCGGCGGCGGCGGAUGCUUCAUUGGAGGGUGCUGGCGCGAGAGCGGAUGUGUGUACAGAAGGAGGGCAGCAGCCAAAGGAACAGCAGCAGCAGCAGCAGAAGGAACAACAGCAGCAGCAGCAGAAGGAACAACAGCAGCAGCAGCAGAAGGAACCGCAGCAGCGGUCUGGGCAUGUUAAGCCGGAAGCUGGUGAGAGUGAAGCUGCUAGUCGAGGCAACUGUGUCCGUGUCAAGGAUGAGGCGGAACGAGAAGAGGAGGAGGAGGAGGAGCUUGAUGGCGGGGUUUUCAGUGCCCAUGGCGAGGGCCCGCCGCUGCUGCGACGGCGUUUAGUGUACGGAUUGCUAGCGCCGCCGCCGUCUGCAAACGGCGCUGCUGCUGCUGCCAGAGCUGAUCUCAGCGGCGGCGGCAGCAGCGGCAGCGGUGAGAAGUGCACUCGCGGCGGAGCGUUGAGUACGGCGGGUUGCUCACAGGUCAUUCCUUCGCUCGCCUUUUCCCGCCGGUUGAAUGCGCCUCGGCUGUACUGGGGCCCGCAAUACCAGGCCCAUGUACCGCCGCCGCCGUCGUCCCACGAUGCGACCACCGGUGCCCGUCAUCCCCGGCGUCCUCCCAGCCCCGCCACCCUAGCCCUCAUGGGGCAACAGCUGCAUGCCGCUCAGCCUCUGUCAGCGGCCGCAGCGGCGGUGGCUGAGCGGAAUGAGGCGGAGGAGCUGGCGGCGGUGAAUGCGACAAGGGCCGAGCUGGGGCUGCCGCCGUGGCGGCCGCGGCGGGCCGGGUCGGUGGAGGCGCGGGCGGCUGCUGGGCGACCCAUGAGUCUCUCGCCUGGGCUUGCGGAUGAUGGUGGUGAUGGU